AGACAAAAAAAUAAUGUUUACUACACUUAUUACGACAGCUAAACAUAGUGACCAGAAUUUAAAACUUUUGUUACAAUUUUUUAGAGACAAACAUAUUAAUGCUCAAUUUGAGGUCAAGUAUCAAUUUAUAAAAGAUAUAAUUGAUAACACUAAUUUCCACAAAUUCGAUCAAGACCAAUGGAACUUACUAGAAGAAAUUAUGAUGGAAGAUUUAAUAUCCAAUGAUGUCCCCAUAUUUAUAGAAUCUGUAAUUAUAUACAAAGUACUUAAUUCUCAGAGCAUAACAGAGACAAUUGAAAAGAAAUUUAAAUUUAACACAUUAAUCACUUACAAAAACAAAUUGGAUAAACAACAGGAAAUUUUAAUUUUUAAUUAUUUGUACAAUCAUAUAAAAAUAAAAUUACUCGAAUGCAAUGACGUUAAAACUGAACAACAAUUUAGUGAUCGUAUCAAAAUACUUGAUUUAAUAUUAAAUUUGUUGAGUGACUGGAAAAAAGAUCUACAGGAAUACCCACUAAUUAUGAGUACAAUCAAAGAAUGUAUAAGUGUUAAGAAACAAAAUUCAUGGAAGACGGAUUUAUCUUUUCUUUACAACAAAAACAAAUCUUGGAAGAAAUCUCUUUUUGAAGAGUCCUUUGAUUUGAGCCCCAGUCAGCCUGUUUUCAUUAAUGCUAUUAAGCAUGACCCAACAAUGUUUGCACGUUUUAAAUCCGAGGCUGAAGAAUUAUGCUUAAAAGAUAAAGAAACAAAUAUGAUACAAUUCUUAAGAAAAAUUAAAAUCUAUUGGCCACAAUCACUCACAAAAGAUUGGACCAAUCUUUUUGUUGAUAAACUUAAUAAUUUGGACAAUCAAAAAGCUUCAUCUCGUGGAGUGUGUAUUUUACUUCCAAGAGCGGAACUUUUAGCAAUUUUAAAUAAAUACGCUCCUGAGAACCCUAAAAUAGAUUACGGCAAUAUAAAUGAACUAAAUCUAAAUUUACAAAGAUGUUUUGCAAAAAAUAUGCACAUUGCGAGACCUCAACCACCGCCUGAAAUUAUUCUACUUUAUGCGAAGGGAGAUUAUCUUAAAUGCUCAUUGCCAUCGUUACUAUCUAUUUAUCAUAACUUAAAUAGAGUACUCAGUCCAAAAUAUAUUCAGGAUCUUCUAAAUUCACAAGUUUCUCUACAAAAACACGCUAUACGUUUUUCAUUUACAAAAAUGAAAACUCAUGAGAUUCCUGCUCUCUAUUCAAAAGUCUGGUCAACUUCUAAGAACACUACCAUUAGGAGUGUUUUGUUUAAGGCAGUUCAUGAAAUGUUAUGCAAAGAGAAAGAUCCCACAGGAAUAGAAACACUAUGGAAUUUACUAGAAAUGUUUAUAGACAAUUUAACUUUUAAUGAAAAUAAAAAUGUUUAUGAUACAUUAUUAAAUGUAAGUGAUGCGCCUUUAGCCAUCAAAGCCAAUUACUUUGUAAAGAGCUUCAACUUUCUGAAAAGUUUGCCACUGUCUAAAACUGAAUUUGAAAAAUAUAAUUCUGGCCUGAAAUAUACAUUAUUUCCCUAUGCUCGCGAAAUAAUAGAAUCUUUACCGUCAAGUUUUGUGAUAAAUAUGGUACUAGAAUUUAUAAAUGGUGAUUUUAUCAACGAAAGAGGAUGUACUUAUAUAAUAAGAGCAAAUCUACUUGUCAUAAGUUCAUAUCUACUAUCUGCGAAAGAUGAAAGUACCCAAAUGAAGAAGUACGAAGAAAUAUUUAUUCCUAUUGUCAAGCACUGUAUUACUAAAGAAAAUGAACUCAGAGACAAUUGUAUAAAAAACCUUGAAAUCUUAAUUGACAUAUUGUGCGAAGAUUUGCAAGUAUUCUUUUUUGAUAAAAAGAAUAUUCUCCCUAUAAAAAUGUUUACAACUAUAAAAGAUGAUUUAGAGAAGAUAUUUUCGGAAAAAGAAAACUAUUCAGUAUUAACGAAAUGGACACUGAUAUUGGCAUUUACUAAGCGCUUAGAUGGACAACAAGGCGACGACUGGAACGCAAUAUGCCUUGCAGCAGCUCCCCUGUUUGGGGAAGAUUGUUAUCAAAUUUUGAAUGACCAUAGCAUAAAAUACUUUCCUCGUAUUUAUAUACUCUUCGCGAAUGCUUUGGAAUCUGUUUUAAACUUAUUCAUACAAAAUAACACAAAUACCUCAAGAUUGAAAAUAUACGAAUAUUUAAUUCAGAAUCAUGAAUUUGUAUUAGGUUAUCUAACCGCAUUGCAACUUUAUCCAAAAAAUUUUUCGGAAGAUGAACCUAACGAACAAAUUGAAAAAUUACGCCAAAUGUUACUUCAACACCCGUCAUUAGAAGUCAAAAUGCAUUGUCAUUAUGUAUUUUCAGAAAUAUCAGCUUAAUCUAUUUAACCAACAUUAACAUGAAGUAAUGUUGUCUAAAAUUCUGUGUGAUCAGAUUAUUAAUGUUAAAAUUCAAUUUAUCUACUAACAUGUUUUUAUUUCUGCAUUUGUAUUAUUAAGUACCUAAUUUAUGCAUAUUAUAUAUUAUAUAUUAAAAAUGUUUUUAUAUGCUA